AUGCCCAUCUACAAUAACCUCUAUUCGAAUCUUGCACGUCAAGGUUUCGCAAAAUCGGUUACUCACGGUUACGCUCAAUCGGUCGUUGCCGCAACUCAUCCUCAAGCGCUAGCAAACCAAAACCGACCUGGUCUCGGAUUACAACGCCGAACUAGCAAACUCGGUCAUCUUCCUACUUACACUUUCCAAAAUGCUUUUCACACAAGCUCCAAUUCGACGGUCGUUCAGGAUAGGCCAGAAGGAUUAGAAAUAUUAUCGGAUGCCUGGAAGGCAAAUGAACUCGCCAAGGAAGAGAAGAAAGCUCAAUUCCCAAAAUGUAUCGAAUGGAAGCCAGCUUCUAUUCAGGUAGAUGGAGAGGGAAAGAGUAACAUUGUGGCUAGUGAUGCGGUGAAGGAUACCCCUAAGCAAGCUUCGAGGGCGUAUAGCACUAGCGCGGUAGAUGACAUCAAGCAAGUUCAUUUUGAAGCCGAGGAGGAAGCUGCCCUGGCAAAGAUUGAUGCGGCCAUCGAGAAGGAGAUUCAGUCGAGAGAGAAUCAAGCUGCAUUCGAGGUGGAAUUGAGCGUCGUUGCGGCACGUGUACCAACUCCUCCUAUUGCGCCAGUUCAGUCACCUGCUCUCACAGUCGAUACUAUCUUAGAGAAAUCGGAACGAUCACGAUCGCCUGUUAGCUCUGCCACAUCAAUCGCCUCACCAUCGGAUCUUCAAUCAUUGAGCUAUGCCGAACAUCUUACCAAACUUGCGGAAGGCGGCAGACAUGCUGAAAUUCCUGCUGUGUUUGAGGCAAUGCUUGUCGGAGGUAUCAAACCAACGGCAACUGCAUAUAAUGCCCUUCUUGAUGCCGCAAUUCACCUUCCUGCUGAUCAGAUCCAAGUUGUUCCAAAGGCUCUCGAUGUUUAUUCUGAUAUGAUUAGACGAAAGGUAUUACCAGAUACUGCGACAUACAGCACGCUCAUCAAGUUAGUUGCUUCUCGAUCGAUUACUGUGACUUCGUUGAAACAGACAUUGGAAGAGAAACGUGUUAGAUUUGGUGGAAUGGAGGAAGCUGGCAAAUUUAUGUUUGCUUCCAACGAACUAGAGUUUGCUAUCCUUGCCGAAGAUGACAGGUUAGAUCUUGCUGUCAGGUUGUUUGAUGCAUCAAUCUCGUACCACACGGAUCGAUCAUUCCCAGCAGAGACUUAUCAUCAGCUCAUAUCUGCCUGUGCUGAUGCUGGUCGCGUUCCAGAUAUGGUACGAUUGUAUGAACACAUGGAGACUAGCAAGGUUGUACCAUUGGCCGCUACUUUCCCACCUAUGAUUAAGGGUUUUACUCAAUCGGGUGAUUUGAGCAGUGCUGUCGAAUGUUACAAUGAGUACAAGGAGCUGGCUGUUGCAGAUGACACUGGCAAACUUCAACUACCUGAUCGUCAAGACGCACAAAUCUAUGCUUCCGUUGUCAAAGCUUAUGUCACUUCCGAUAAAAUGGAGGGUGCCAUGAAGUUUUACAACAGAAUCAUUGAAGGAUAUGGAGAAAAUGUUGAGGCUUUCCGGGACGUACUUGUCGAUGAAGGUUUCGUUCAGGGUCUCCUUGAGCGUAACAUGUUGACUGAAGCUCUUAGCUGGGCUGAAGGUCUGCAAACUGCCACCAAGUCCAUGGUUAUGAGCACGAUAACUAUGCGUGCUGCCGACAAGGGAGAGAGAUCUGUUGCUGUCGCAGCUUUCUCGAACGUCAACCCUGACCCAAGCAUUGCCAAGCCAACUAUGGCAAUGUUGGCUUUGAGUGUUCGCAGUGGAGAUGUCGCUGCAGCUCAAAGAUACUGGGGUAUACUAACUGCCGCUGAAAUGCCUGUAUCGUCUGCUUUCAUUGAACCAACUGCCAUGUUCGCCGUUGCAAUGAUCGGCUCUGGACAGGUCCUCGAGGGUCUCACGCAAUCUGAACAGAUGUUCUCUAGAAUUAAAGAAUCUGCCACAGAUGCCAAUUCUCACCUGGCUGAUGAGGUUGAAGAGGGUACUGAGUUCAUUUCCCGAUUCAUGAAGUCACACGGUAUUAUUGAUCCCCGUGAUGCAACAGUACCGGAAGCUAUGUAUCAACAAAACUUCCAACCUGCAGUAUAUGUUGCGCCACCGACAUUCGAGGACACUUUUGAUCCAUAUGCCGCCUCUACCGAUUUCAAGGGUUCCACUCUCAUUGCUGAUGAGCUUGAGAGAGGAGCUGGUCGUGGUAAAGGAUCUAAGCUUAAUGAUGCCUUGGGUAGAUUCAAAAAUAUGCGUCGCGCUGGUCGUCACCCAAGGUACAUCACCUACGCCAAGCUUAUCUCUGCUGCUGCUCGCGAAGAGCGAAUGAACUUGGUCAAUGAUAUCCUUGGCAUGGCACGAUCUGAUGUACCUUUACUUGUACAGUAUCCUAUUGUUCGAUAUGGGUGGGUUUCAAUACUUGAUGCUAUGGUUGGUGCUUGCCUGACUCUUGGUAACCGCCAUCUUGCUGCUCAAUACCACCAAGAACUACUCGAUAUGGGUGCUGCACCAACAGCGAAUACUUUCGGUCUUUAUAUUACAACUUUAAAGGAGUCAACAAAGACUUUUGAUGAAGCCUCAGAAGCUGUCAAGAUCUUCCAUCGUGCUAAGUCCGAGGGCGUUGAGCCUUCAUCCUUCUUAUACAAUGCUCUUAUCGGUAAGCUCGGAAAGGCUCGUCGUAUCGAUGAUUGUCUCUUCUACUUUGCUGAGAUGCGUGCUCUUGGUAUUCGACCAACUAGUGUUACUUAUGGUACUAUCGUCAAUGCUCUCUGCCGUGUCAGCGACGAGAAAUACGCGGAAGAGUUAUUUGAAGAGAUGGAAUCCAUGCCAAAUUACAAGGCCAGACCUGCUCCAUAUAACAGCUUAAUGCAAUUCUUCCUCACUACCAAGCGUGAAAAGAGCAAGGUUCUCGCAUACUACGAACGAAUGAAGUCCAAGGGUAUUCAACCAACCAACCACACAUACAAGCUCCUCAUCGACACUCACGCUACCCUCGAACCUGUUAACAUGUCAGCCGCUGAAGCCAUUCUCAAUAUCAUUCGUAGCAAUGGUGAGAAGCCAGAAGCUGUUCACUUCUCUUCAUUGAUUCACGCCAAGGGUUGUGUUAUGCAUGAUAUGGAAGGUGCUCGCAAGGUUUUCGAUUCCGUCAUGGCUGAUUCUUCCAUUCGUCCUCAAGCAUGUCUCUACCAAGCAUUAUUUGAAUCCAUGGUCGCCAAUCAUAAAGUCAUCGAUACCGAAUCCGUUCUCUCAGCCAUGUCUGCAAGAGGUGUUUCAAUGACUCCAUAUAUCGCCAAUACUCUCAUUCAUGGUUGGGCCAACGAACGCAAUAUCGAAAAGAGUAAAAAGAUCUUUGCAACAGUCGGUCGCGAAAAGAGAGAACCAAGUACAUACGAAGCGAUGACUCGAGCUUACCUCACCGUGGAGGAUCGAGAUAGCGCGAAGAAUGUGGUGCAGGAAAUGCUGAGUAGAGGUUAUCCAGGAGCGGUCUCGAAUAAGAUUCUGGAAUUACUUGGGGGUGGUCACGCUGAAACUUCUUAG